CUUUGUCCAAUUCUGGAAAGCAAUGUUUUCAGAUAUGAUCUUCCACAUGAUAACAUGUGCUAGUCUUUUCAUAUCUGUAAUCUCAUUGUUAUUAUUCAUAAAGAAGCAGAAAGAAUCAAGGAGAAGAUUUCCACCAGGCCCUCACAAACUCCCCAUCAUCGGCAACCUUCACCAACUGGGUCAACUGCCUCACAGAACUUUUCAGCUUCUUUCAAACAAAUACGGGCCUCUGAUGCUUUUAAAGCUCGGCUCAGUGAACACUUUAGUAGUCUCCUCGGCCGAUGUGGCCAGAGAAAUAUUCAAAAGCCACGAUCUUGAUUUUUCCGGCCGGCCGGUGAUGUAUGCCGGAAACAAGUUGGGGUACAACGGGUCGGCGGUAGCAUUUGCACCUUAUGGUGAAUACUGGAGGGAGAUGAGAAAAGUUCUAGUCUUGGAGUUAUUAAGUGUGAAAAAAGUGAACUUUUUCGCUGCAAUUCGUGAGGCAGAGACAGCCUCAAUGUUGAAGAGUAUAGCUGAUUGUUGUAUAUCUACGAAUGACAAUAAUCAAAUCAAUCUCAGUAAUCUGGUUUUUGCACUAUCUAAUAAUGUUAUAUGCAGGGUGGCUUUUGGUAGAGUUUAUGAUGAAAAGAGUGGAUUUCAUCAAAUUCUUCAUGAGACACAGGAGCUGUUAGGUGGGGUGAAUAUUGCUGAUUUCUUCCCUUGGCUAGCGUGGAUUAACAAGUUUAAUGGCGUAAAUUCAAGGCUAGAGAAAAACUUCAGAGAUUUAGAUCGAUUCUUUGACAGAGUAAUAGCAGAGCAUCUGGAUCCCAACAGGAAUAGAUCUAAACAAGAAGAAGAUAUUGUUGAUGUAUUGCUUCGAAUUCAAGGGGAUUCAACUCAAACAAACAGGCCUAGUGAUGAAAACGUGAAAGGCAUUCUAGCGGAUAUUCUUGUGGCAGGGAGUGAUACUUCAGCAGCUACCUUGGAAUGGACAAUGGCAGAACUGAUCAGAAAUCCAUCAGUGAUGAGAAAAGCCCAGAAAGAAAUCAGAGAAGCUUGUAAAGGAAAACAUAGAGUUGAAGAAACUGAUCUUGUGCGACUCAAGUACCUUAAUUGUGUGGUAAAAGAAUCUUUGAGGAAGCAUCCACCAGCACCUUUGCUAGUUCCAAGAGAAACUCUGGAAGAUUGCGUGGUUUCAGGGUAUACAAUUCCAGCAAAAACGAGAGUUUUCUUCAAUGCAACAUCAAUUUCAAAUGAUCCUACAGUUUGGGAAAACCCACAUGAAUUCAGGCCAGAAAGGUUCUGGGAUUCUGCGGUGGAUUUUAGAGGACAGAACUUCGAGUUGUUGCCAUUUGGCGCUGGAAGGAGAAGCUGCCCUGGAAUGAAUUUUGCUGUGCCGCUCAUUGAACUUGUACUUGCAAAUCUUCUGCUUCUGUUUGAUUGGGCAACUCCAGAGGGAACUGUGGCAGAGGAUUUGGACAUGGAUGAAGCAUUGGGUCUCACAAUUCACAAGAAAACUCCACUUUCCUUAUUAGUAGUAGCUAAUUAUUAUUCCUGAUUUUUUUUUUUAAAAAAAAAACUCCUUUCAAUAACUUAUGAAUAAAAAGAGACAAUUAUACACUUUUUAAUUUCUAAACUAAUAGAUUUUUUGACUUGUAAUGCUUCCUCUUUCCAAAAAU